AUGAGGUUGGUUAGACAAACAAAUACCCAUUUCUUUGUCCAGGGCAGACUGGGCUUAUGCAUUGCUUGCCAAACACAUUUUAAGAACAUAAUUCUGGCCUAUAUUUAUAACUCUUUCUACAGACCCAGGCAUACAUCACCCAAGGAUAUUAAUGACCAGUGAGCUGUUUGUUUUUCCAUUGAUAUCGUACAUGCCACCUUUUGGCUCUAUAGCGUGACAACCGUGCGUUAGGUGUAGCGAGCAUAUCAGGUGUGCCAAGAGUCGCUGACACUGCGUUUGAACCGCAACCAGGUCUCUGUGUUACACUAUGUCCUGUUCAGCCCAGGGAUGGAGAGCGACGUGAGAGACUAUUGCAGACCUUGGGACAGACGCCAGAGGUGAGAGACCUGCAGGACACCAGUGAGUUCCUCUGCACCCCUUGCUGCUGACACAAGAUACAUUUGAGCAUUGGGCACUGUGGGUCCUAUGCCUACCCAAAGUGGCCCCGCUGUCCCGUCCGCUUGCUCUGUGCCCGACCUGGAGCUGCCUGUCCCAGAGCUGGCUGCCGCGCCCCGGUGCCCGGCCCCAUGCCCCACAAGCGGCUAGACGAGGUCGAGUCGGAGACAUGCAGAGAGGGGCAGGACCUGAAUAAGGGGGGCCAGGCGCCCCCUAAGGAGGAGGAGGAGCCCAAAGCCAGCAAGAGCCCCGGCUCCGAGUCGCGUCGCAGCUCACACUCCAGCCACGGGCGCAAGCAUGGCAAGAAGCAUCACGCCGAUGCCCAUGCCGACGCCACCAAGGCCUACUCGCCCUUCCUCAACACUGUCUUCGGCAGGGAGAGAGAUCUUUCCCCAGUAGAACUGGAUGAGCUGCUGGACGCCUUCAAGGAGUUCGACACGGACCAGGAUGGCUUUGUGAGCUACAAGGACCUGGGCGCCUGCAUGCGCACCAUGGGCUACAUGCCCACUGAGAUGGAGCUCAUUGAGAUCUCCCAGCACAUCAAGAUGAGGAUGGGUGGGCGCGUGGACUUUGAGGACUUUGUGGAGAUGAUGGGGCCGAAACUGCGGGAGGAGACGGCCCACAUGGUGGGGGUGCGUGAGCUCAAGAUCGCCUUCCGUGAGUUGGACAGGAACGGGGACGGGGAGAUCAGCAGCAUGGAGCUGAAGGAUGCCCUCCUGGCCCUGCUGGGGGAGCAGGUCCCGCUGCCGGAGGUGGAGGAGAUCCUGCGCGACGUUGACCUCAAUGGGGACGGCCACGUGGACUUUGAUGAGUUUGUGAUGAUGUUGUCCUCCCGCUAACAAGGCCCUCACCCCCCAUCGCCAUCGCCAUUCCAGCCUCCAGGGGACCCGAGCAGCUCCAAGUGGAUCCCCACUUCUUGACAACUGGUGACCCCCCUUCUUCGCCAGCAGGAAGUUCCCUCACGACUCCCUUAUGGGCCUUUCUAAGAAGACCCCUCCCACCGGGUCUGCCUGCCCCUCUGCUGGCCCCUCUCCCUCACAGUGCGCUGCCAGGGAGCAGGGGCCUGAAUGCCAGUUGGCAACCCCAUUGGGGGGCUGCUAAGUCUCUGACGAGGGCAGGCCCUGCACCCCAGCUGGGAGUCCAAUAGGCGGGCUGUGGAAUUUAUUAAAAAACUACACGUAAGAAUAAAAAACCUUCCCUUGUAUUUCAAUGAGCAUCGGAGCUGGAUGGCAGUCUGUACGUUUGCUCUCCGGGACAAGGCCCCUUUCAAAUACUAUGCACGCGUCACAUUCCAUUCCCCAAAGUGAGGCUAAGAGGGAGAAAAAGUAAACACAGACAGACGUGCCCUGAAUAAUGCAAUGUGCUGCAAUGAGCCUUUGAUGGUGAUGCACAUAAAAAAAGACAUACAAUUCAAGCCUAAAUUUUAUAUUUACUUUUGACUUAGGGUAAAAGCUGAAACGAGCCAGACCUGGAACGGCAUUAUAAUUAAUUAUAUCACAUUUAAAAACAGUGGAGAAAGUGACAUGUACUUGGGAAGACUAUUUUGGGAAUGACCAGAAAUGAUUAAUUAUUAAUUGCUUGUCAUCCCAAAAUAUUAUUCUCAAGGGUGUGUUGUUGUCUCCACUGAGCAUGCUUAUGUCCAGAGUUCUUAUAUUUAGCUUUAAUGUUAGUUUCCACUGUCUGAAAAUGUUAAUUCUGGCACAAAUGACAGAUCGCAAUCUAAUGCUAGCCACCAUGUUUGUUUGGAUUUUAACCCUACUAGCCUCGUUAUGGGUUGGUUCCUGAAUAUUCAAGAUUCAAAAUUAAGAGUGACCUAUGAUAGACGCAACGUUACACUACAGUCAUAUGAACUUGACGUUACAGGAGUCAUAUGAUGGUAUCAAGGUAUGCCAUGGCAGAGAAAAACAUUGGGAACCACUGCUUUGGAGGACUCUGCUCAGUGGACCAAGCCCCCAAGGGGGUCCCACUCUUCCUCCAGGGCCGGCCACACCCUCACUUGCCUCUGGGCUCCAGCCCUCCUGCCUCAUGUGGGGAGCUCUGCCCAGCAAGGCCAACUGAGCCAGAAGUCCGCUUAGGGAUGUGUAACUCUCCAGGGCCUGAUGCACUCCAGCGGGUAUUUGCAGUGACACGGGGCAGCUUUUCCAACCAGGGCAGGGUUGGUUAGUCCCCUGGCAUACAGCUUUCCAAGUCCUGAGGGUAGCCCAAAGAAAGGAAGGUUAAAGCACAAUCCUUCUGGCCAAGCCCGAGCAAACCACCUGCCUUGCUGUAGCAAAUUCCAUCUCAGGCACUGUGUCUCUCUGGCGUCCUUAGUCAGGGCCAAGUUCUUCCAGAAGCCCACUCUUGGUCCUCCACUGGUCACCUCCCAAUCCUUUGGCUCCAGGCAAGGACAUGCAGAAUUCACAGCCCUGCCUGCUGUCCAGUGUCCAGUCCUUAGGGCUUCCCAUUGUCUCUCAGGACCCUCUCUUGAGCUGGGUCAGUUUCAACCAGUUUCCUGAUGAACCUAUUCAUUGUGGCCCAGACAGCAAGUCUCUCACAUACACACUCCCCUCCUGCCCCACACAGCCCCCCCCAGAACUGAUUUAACUCUCCACUCCCAAACUGGCUAGCAACACAGUACAGAGGGAAACUGAGGCACACAAGAUUCAUAAAAAUAUUACAGAAGAUUUCCACUUCAGCACAGCUCUCCUCCCUUGGGGGCCGAACUGAGCAAGACGGCUUUACCCUUUAACCUGGGAGGUUCGAGCCCACCAUGGUUAUUAGGAGACGCCCUAGCAUAAUGCCCAUUUCCAUGGUAGCAGUUCUACCUGGCACUUGCGAGAUGCGUACAGCACAGUUUCUAACCAAGCGUACAGGUUUCACAGCACAGGACAGAGCUGUUUCACACCCUCCCUUUGGUCUGUUCUGUUCGAUGACACGAGCAGGGUGCACAUGGGAAAUUUCCAUGCGGUCCCCAGCCCUUUGGCCACCCCAGACCCUUUGGGUUUGAAACUGAGUCCUGCCACUACCUCCUCCCUGUCUUUUUCCAGGGAAAGAUGAGGGCAGGGAACCCACAUUCCUCCAUGGGUCAGCCAUCCUGGCUGCAGACCGGGGUGUCCUGACCCCUAGGUUGGCUAGGAAGUGACCCCGUGAGCGUCUGGUGGGGUCAACCUGUUGCCCUCACCCUCAGGACAGAGUCCUGUCUUAUGGUCCCCAGCCCCGAUGGGCUGUGAUUCAGACUGUCUUGGGUAGGCGCACCCAUCAGGUCCAUGGCCAUGCCCUGACAAGUUGUGUCCAAGUCCAGUAGUUGCUGUCCAGCUGCUUUACCCUUCCCUGGGGCUUCUUCCUGCUGAGCAGGGCAAAUGUGUCUGGCAGUUGUCCUGCCCUGCUCACGUCCUCCCACACUUAGCUAGGGCCUCAGCCACCACCAGACCUAGCUUGGCCUCUACUUCCCCAGGCUGGCUCCCUUGGUCACAGCAGCAGGCCUCAGGGAAGUUGUGCCUGAGCCCAUGUGACUCACAUCUGCUGUGUGGAGAUGGCUGGGUCCAUUCCUCUGCCCCACUUGGAUACAGCCGUCUGCUUACGGGUCUCCCGACCUUAACCUUUCCUCCUUCUUCCUAUAUGCACUGUCACUAACACCUCCGGUCUGCUUGGUUCAGACUCUGGGCUAGUC